UCACCAUGUCCACUGCAGCUCUCUCAACACAUCAGUCUUCUUUGUAUUGUACUGUAGUUCCUUUGUGGUGUAAUGCCAUACAGUAUAUGAGGAACUGGGGCUGUCUGAAGUUACAUCAUUGCUGUAAGCAAGUUGGAGCUGUCAAGACUCAAGAUGAAUGUCUCUGAGAAUGCUAGCUCUGAUGAGUAUGAUUUCUGGCAUAUUGAAAAGACGGUGCCGUGUGUCAUAUUGGGGUUAUCCUUUCUUAUUGGAGUCCCUGGAAACCUGCUGGUUAUCUACAUAAUCCUCCGACAUGUGAAGCAGCGCUCUCACACAGUGGUGCUUAUUCUGAAUUUGGCUUUUUCAGACCUAAUGGCCCUGAUCACCCUGCCUGUCUGGAUCUAUGCCUUUGCAGACUCCUGGGUCUUUGGUGAGGUGUUUUGUAAGUUCCUAAUUUACAUCGUCUACAGCAACAUGUAUGCCAGCAUCUUCCUUAUCACAGCUAUGAGCAUUGAACGUUUUGUGGCAGUGAUGUACCCAUUUGCGCUACAAAACUGGAAGAGAAAGGAUGCUUUACUGAAGGUGGUGCCUGUCAUUUGGAUCUUUGCAUUUUUGUUUGCUAUUCCAAUCAUCCCAGCACAUGGCCUUGGAGAAGAAUAUGACAGCUUUCAAUGCACUGUCCGGAACUAUACAUCAGAUGAACAGGAGAUUGUGUGCCUGGUGGUUGAGACAUUGGUUGGAUUCAUCAUUCCUUUCAGCAUCCUCUCCAUCUGCUAUGCAUGUGUGGGCAAGCGAAUCCAGCAAAUGAGUUUCAAAACAAAGCAGAGGUCAACUACCCUCAUCGCCUGUGUGGUCAUUGCUUUUGCUGUGUGCUGGAUCCCCAACCAUGUUUUUAACCUAAUUACAGUGUCAUCCAUAAUGAUGAAGAACUCAUCUACAGAAACAUCAGAAGCACUCAAAAGUAUUGAAGAAAAAGGGGUCUUCAUUUCAGGAGCCCUGGCUUUUAUAAGCAGUUGCGUCAACCCAAUACUCUAUGUGUUUAUUGCACGACGGUUCCGUAAAACUCUAAGAGAAACUGGACUAAGGAAACUUUUUACUCAGAUUUCCAUUUCAACUACAAAUGAGGCAACAAAGGAGAUGUCAUUUAUAUCACGGAAAGCAAGCUCUACUCAGAACCACACCAGUUUUUCUAAUGUCUCAGACCCUAACCUGUGACCAAAAUGCUGUUUUGAUACGCUUUAUCAAAGUGGACCAGCAGUCAGUUUGAGAGGCUCAGUGGAAGUGAAUGUACAGUUUUUGGUGUGCAGUGUAGAGGAAGUGAACAAUUUUACAUUAAAACAAAGUUUUCUGCUUGAUAAAUGAAAAAAGGUAUGAAAUAUUAAGGAAUACUGUAAAUAUGCCAUUGACAGUGAAACAGGAAAACUGUCUGAAUUAAUACAUGAGGAAAACUAUAAUUACAUUAGUCUAAUCAUAGUAUUUUCAAUAGUUUUCAAAAAUAAUUUCAUGCUGUCAUUGUUUCAGAUACCUUUACAUUUUAUAAUUUUGUUUAGAUAAAUGCAAUGUACUUAAGGAGCAGUUGGGAUCCUUGGAUGCAAAGUAGUUUCUUUUAAAUUUUCAGUAUGUAAAAAAUAUAACUAUAACUCUCUUAUAAUCAUUUUAUCUACAUUCAUGACUUUUCAUUUAUAUAUGGUAUGUUUGCCAUAUUAUAUACAAUACAUAUAAAAUAAUCUAGUAUGCUGGUUCAGUAUGCAUUGUUGCCUUAUAGCUGUAGGCAUGCUGGUUAGAUUCCUGACCUGUUGCUGUCUGUGUGGAGGUUUCAAUGUCUCUCUUUGUUUAAUGUUACUUUCUUUUCUCUUUGCCCCCUACUUUCCUAAAUUUUACAUUUGAGAUUAACUGGUGUCUCUAAAUGUAUGUGUGAAUGUGAGUGAUAUACCAUAUGGUGGACUGAUAUCACCUGCUAGACAUGUUCCUGCCUUCUGCCUGAUACUGCUGGGAUAGGCUACAGAUCUCCAAAGCUCAUGCACGUAUCUCAUUUAGGGAUUAAUCAUUGUAUUUGUUCACCUGUUUACGUGUAAUCAGCCUUAUAUUGUGUGUAUGUGAUAUUAUGUACAUGUUGUGAUGCUAAAUCUAGUAAAAGAAGUAAUGCAAGUGUUCUGUGGAAUUUUCUCUCUGCCGCUGGCCUGUACCAUUUUAGUAGAGUUUGAAAUGCUGUCCACAGGCUGGGGAAUCCUCCAUGGGAAUUUGAGACUGAUGCUGGAAGUCACUAAAUAUAGAAAGUCUUAACUUGAUGUUGUCUGCUCAUGACGCCCUGUCUGGUGCUGGUGACAGUGAAGUCUGACCUUAGUCUUUUAAAUCUCUGUGCAUGUAUGAAAUGUCUUUUUGCCUAAUGAAGUCCAUGGGGUUCAUUGUAUUUAAAUGAAUGGAGCUAAAAUGGAUAGAAGAAAGUGUAGCUAAAGAUUGCAAAAAUUUCAGAUUUGGAUUGGAAAGUACUUAAAUUUUGGGAGAAAUGUCAUUAUCUACUAUUAGUGACUAGUUUAAAGGGUGGAGACUUAUGAGAGGGGAAGUGGCAGGCAAAAGACAUUACUUAUCUUGUAUAUGUGUGUUUCUAACACUUAGCUAGUUUAGGUGGGCAUUGGCAGUUUUGUUAAAUACACAUACAAUGCAUUCACACUCAGGUAGUGUUAUACAGCACAACAAACUGUAAAGUGCAAAAUUUCAUGAAUAAAGUUCUGUA